GUGAGAGAUGUCUGUGUUACAGCAAUGGAAAGAUUGAGAAGAAGAAAGGGACAGCGCCUCGGAGGACAAAGAGAGUUUGUUGUGAUUGAUGAAAGUCACUUUAGACACAAAAGAAAGUUCUGCCGGCUGCUCCGCCAUCUUGGGAGGCUCAUACUCCACUGUUAUUAUUGUUUUCACAUGUAACGUUACUUGGUUUGUUGGAUAUAUGGAGAAAUUGAAAGUGAAACUACCAGCGCCUUUGCCAGAACGACUCCGUGUAAUGUAUGGUAGAGGACGGAUUGCAGGUGGAUGGAAGAGAAAAAAAUGGGUAUUUGGCAUGUUAGGAGUUAGCCAUCGAGGGAAAACAGCAGGAAAACCAGUUUUAAGACUGGUUGAAAGAAGAGGAAGAAGAGACCUUGUCCCAUUAAUUGUUCAUCAUGUGAGGACUGGGUCAGCUAUAAUAAGUGAUGAGUGGCGUGCCUAUAAAAGGUGUCUGCCCCAUCUUGGCUACAGACAUUUCACUGUUAACCACAGUGUGAGCUAUGUUGACCCACGCACUGGAGCACACACUCAGCACAUCGAGAGAGCAUGGCGUACAUAUAAGGAGCAAGUGUGGAGACUAAGGGGAAACAGAUCAGAGGGUUUAUUGAAAGACCAUCUCACAGUCAUUGAAUGGAAUGAAUGGCUGGCUAAAAAACACAAAUAUGGAGCAUUGGGAAGAUUGCUUCAUGAUAUUGCAAGACAGUACAAAUAA